CUGCAAAGCGCCAGCCAGCUCCUGCUCUCCUCUCAUGGACACCUCGGUCACCACGCGCCCAUGCCCAGGCCGUGCCCCCCCCCAGCCGUUCCCAUUGUAGCCUCGGAGGCCCGCGCAUGCGCAGGACCGGCGCUCAGAGCGGCAGAGGGGCCGGCGAGCUGGAGAGCUGCGUGAUGCAUGCACCGGAGGCAGGGUCCCUGGUGCGGAGGUGGCGGCUGCGCUGGUUUGUGUGUGGGGAUUGGCAGUUUCUGGAUCCUUCCUCCAGGAUUUUCAGCGCUGUGGAGCUCUCCUUUCUGCAGUGUGGAGGAGCGCUGGGCAGGAGGCGGCGCCGAGGCUCCACAUAAAGGGCUCAAUGUCUGGUUCAGUGGUUAAAAGCUGUUCACAGGGAUGACUGGACCCCACUAAGCAUUCUUUCGUCUGUAGUGAACGUUUCACCAAAAAAAGCUCUUGGAAAGGCUGGAUGGUCAGUAUUACAUGCUCAAGCCAUGGCCUUGCCCUCCAUCUUCCACCUGAUUGAGAAGGGGGGGCUGAAGUCCGUGGCUGCCCCAGGAGAAAGGACACCAGGAAGGCCACCGGGGACCUAAGGAACAUGCGAGUGAAGCAGAUGGGAAAGGAGCUGCAGGUUCAUCGUUGUCCUUGAGGGAAAACCUGAGGGCCUAGCAGGGCUCCCGCAAGUUGAAGCGAGCCACUGUGCAGGGUGAACUUGCACCCAGGGCUGCCCAGGAAGCCGCCAGUCAGGAGCAGGUGCAGAGUCUCUGGAAGGAACUCCAGGAUACAGUGUGGCCUCCACAGCAUCAGGCAGCCAGGGAGAUGCAAACAUGUCUGCUAUGGAUGCUGACAAUGAGACCCCCCUCUUCCCUGCCAGGGUCUCUUAGUUUGGUGGCAGCAGUGGGAUCCAAAGGAGACAUCUGAUGGCUUAGGGGAUGAGAAACACAGGCAUUGGUACCCGCAAAACCUUUGAGUUCUCCAUCUUUGUCACUGAUUCUGAGAGCCGUGGAGUCAGCUCCAGAGUUUCAGCCAGCAGCAGAAGCAGAGCUGUGGGCAGUGGUGGAGGUAGAGCUGGCUCCAGCUCCGUUGACACCACACCCUCUAGCACUGGAGCCAGUGUCCCCUCUACCAGCAGUGUUGGAGCUGGAGCAAGGGCCAACAUGGGCUCCAGCAGGAGUGGGAGCUGCUGAGUUGGAGUCACCUGGACCAUCAUUUCUAGUGGGAAGUCCAUCUCCACUUGUGGCUAAGAAGUGUGAGAAGAAGCCCAACCUACGGCCUUCCCUCCUAAGCUGGUGGUGGAGCAGUUGACUGUGAUGGAUGCGGAGCUCUUCCGGAAGGUGGUGCCCUCUCAGUGCCUGGGCUCCACCUGGGGCAAGAGGAACAAGCCCAGCAAUGAGCACCUGGCACACACCGUCCGGGCCACCAUCGACCACUUCAGAAGGGUGGCCAGCCUCGUCGUCACCACCUGCCUCGGGGACCCGAGCAUGAUGGCCCAGGACAGGGAGUGCAAGAUCCUGAAGAACUUCUCCUCGCCCCGCACUGUCAUCUCUGUUCUGCAGAAAACAUCCAUAUGCCACCUGAAGAACACAUGGGGGAAGUUUCCUGCCCCCAGGCCCCAAUACCGAGCCCCAUACCAGUGGCCGAUCACAGCCUCAUCCUCAGCAGCCAGGACACAGCUGGGAAGCUUGCGAUGCACCGGGCCAGCUCCUCCCACCUGACAGGAAGGGGAGCACUUUAAGCUGAUUCCUGGGAUCCCC